AUGUCAAUUCUACCGUACAUUGAUCAAAAGGCUAUAAAGAGUUUGUUGAUCUACCAUUAUGGUGUGAAAAAAGAAUUGGACAUUGACGAUCUGACAGAUAUGGGAUUCUGGUGGAACUUAGAGGAGAUUGAGAUCAGUAAUUUCUAUAUUCCUGCUGAAACGCUUAAGAAAUUCACACAUUUUUCUAGAGCUGAAACCACAGUGAAGACGUUAAGACCAGAAGAUUUAGAGAUGUUGAAAGUGGCAUUGUUGAAUUCCCCACAUUUCAAGAGAUUCACACUUUACUAUGAGGAGGGUGAUGAUGAUGAAAUGUUCGAACAAUUUGGAGAGCCGUAUAUUGAAACUGGACUUUGGGGAAAAAAUCAAAAAGAAUGGUAUUUUUGGAAUCGCAAUGCGAAUUCUGCGUUGUCGAUGACUCCAUCAAGGGGAUUCAGCACAAAAAUUGCUUUUGCAAGAAUUCCGUUUUCUUCGAUACCAGAGAGUUAUUUGAUGCAAAAUGAAUUGCGAUUUUGA